UUUGUCGCCGAUAUUCAUGCUCAGAAAGAACAACCCAAUCCAAUAUUUGUGUCAUUUACUUCUUCCCAGAAUUGAACUACUUUUAGUAAAUAGAGAAAUAUUGGUUCAUUUAUUUCUUGACCAUCUAUGAAUGAGGAGUUUCUUUGUUGUACAUACAUAGUCAGAACAAAAUCCUUAUUCGCGUUCAUUGGACCUAGAAAUACAAAAAAAGGACACUAUCGAAAAAUGGGCAUGUUACUUUCAAACUUGAAACAGCAAGGCAAUCCACUUCAGGGAUUUGGUCACAGCAAUAAUCGAGUAGGGAUGGAUCCGAACGAUAAUUCUGGUAAAUUCUUUUCUAAAAUUGCUGUCCACCUGUUUGAUUUCAGCUCAGGAAAAGAUGCAAAUUCCAAUGAAGUGUCAAAGUUCCCAGGAACAAAAACCAACUUUUUCAUGUCACAAGGACAGAAAAAGCAGGCAUGGGAUAAUGGUUUGUAAUUUCAAACGAAGCGACCAAUGUCGACACUUACAUCUUUUCCAUAUAAUAUUUAGUAUAUAUACAUUUAAAGUCUGAGAAAUGCAACAUACAGGGUACAUUCAUAAACAUAUGUAAUACGGUACAGCAUAGUUAAUGUAUAUAUAUGUGUAUGAGUCCAUUUUUAUUCAAUUUUUGAUUUAUUUCCCAUUAAAUAAUUUUUAUCAGCUUCCAAAUCUGAACUCGGUUACAAAUUGUUCAUUUACAUACUUUUAUACAAAAUUUUAGAAAUUUCCACCCUAAAUGUUGAAAUUAUUGGUACAAAACGUGGUAUUUUAAGUUAUGUUAUUUUUUAAACUUAUGUAAUACGUUCCCUAAUAAAAACUACUUAAAUG